GAGAGACUGCGGUUCGUGUGUGUGUGAGUGUGUGAAUGUGUGUGCGCCCGUGUGACACAGAGUCAAUUGGAAUUCGGAUCACAUCGCUUGACUUUGACUGGAAUUGAUGCAGCAGGGCAGCUGAAUCAUGCGCUGCGCUCAACGAGAAAAAUACUACUGUCUUAUCCUUGGUUCCACUGUCCGGAGAGAGUCGCGAGAAGGAGCAGUGGUGGCGGUGGUGCAGGUGCCAGACGAAGAAGAAAUAGAAGAAGAAGAAGAAGAAGAGGAGGGAGCGGACAAGAAUGCAGACGCCUUAUUUCACAGAGGGGCAAACGGAGCCUGUUGAUCCGAGCAAGGCUGUGGAGAAUGGGGAGAAUGGGAAUGGGAAUGGGAAUGAGAAUGAGAAAUUGGAUCAGAAGAAGAAUGGGCAGGGAGGGGAAGACGAAGGACAGAUGUAUGCGCCCAUGCAGAAGAGGCCGUUCGACCCCGUCGAGUCCACCGGGCACGCGGCGUCAGAGCAGAAUAGUAGCAGCGGGGGGAGUAGUGGGUUUUCUGGAGGCGUGAGGAAGAUUCUGCAUCCUGCAGAGGCUCUGGACAGCGCCAGGCAGACUGCAGAGCUGAUCAUGAAAGAUGCUAUGGAUGCUUUGAUUCGAACCAAGCAACGGCUUAUGGAGAUUCUUCCGUCGCUCAUGCCCUCGCAGGCUGCCGCUGCUGCUGCGCCCGAUGCUGCGAGCAAGGUGGUGGAGAAUGUGGAGCAGGGCAUGCUGGGCAAGGCGGAGGGAGGAGUUCCUGCUGCGGGGACUGAUGCUGAGCAAAAUGGCAGUGACGAGAAACCCUCUGAAGGCGUUGCUUCCAAUGCGUCCGGGUCCAAUGGGGGCCUAACAACCAAUACGACCACGGGCAGCGUCCACCAAUCGAGUCCCGAUUCUCAGUCCAGGAAGAAGUGGAAAGUGGUAGGCCUAUCAAAAAUCUAGGUUGGUCAGUUCAGACAGACUCGGUCGCUUUCGACCAUGGCGCAACGGCAGCUCAAGGUCUCUGGGGGCGUGGUACAAACUUUUCAGAUGUAUUUGCAUUCAGAGCACCGUUAUGAGCAGCAGCGAGAGAAUCGAUUAGAGAGCAAGAAUAAGGAGCGAUGGCCUCCAGUCCUGCGAGCUAAUCUUACAACGUGACGUUGUGUUUUUUAUUGGGCUCACCAACAACCAGCUGAGCUGCCACUCACAGAGCUCUUAAGUAAGAUCGGUUGUGUGUAGAGCCCACUUCGGAUCACCGUAGGAACUGGUUCAACAACUUUAUAGGUCCAUUUGAUUUCGAGCAGAUGCCAGAGGAAUCGCGCAUGUGUUGUGUUCUGAACCUGCUCUGCUGUACCGGACCCUUCUUCUCGAGGCCUUGGUUCGUACCGCCUACGUCAGUAAAGUCCGGUGCCAAAAGCUUCUCGAUUGUGCUCCUUGGAUCAGGAUUCACCGUCGUUGCAGGCUUGUCUCCGUUGCAGAUUUCAACUAGAGGAUAUGUUGAUGUGUGAUCCAGAAAUCUUAUCUGAUCGAAAAAGUGUGUCAUGUGAAUUCCGUAAAGCUUGAGUGGAAGAUCGCAGCUCCAGGUUCACUUUUGUGAGGAGGUGAAAGCUGCUGCAUGUGGCUUCUCUCGAGGUCUCGGGGCACGGCCACUGGCACAUCUCACCUCCAGCGAUUAUUUUCUGGAACUGCAUCGUACGGAUUUUAGAGCAAAUAGCGUCCUCCUUCUCGUUUAGCAGCCUUUGCUGAACCUUAAGCCCAGCUGGUCACGUGUUCUCUCUCUGUUUGAGAUGGGCCCUCGUUCUUCGACUUAAUGAACAACUUUCAGAUCGAUGGAAUGCAGAAACCUGCCGUGGCUGACAGAUGUGGGGUCAAGAUAGACAGAGUUAGGGCACUCGGAAUUGGAGUAUCCAAGUUUUACUCCUCCCUGUCACAACUUGUUCGAACGAAGGCUUUUCUAAAGAGAUAAAUUGUUGACUGCUGUAGAUGGUAGUGACCGU